AUGUGUCUGAAAGCGUCACGAAGACUUCCACUCACUGCUCCAUGUUUGUCUCUGAGAAUGCACAAAAACAUGCCCACAGAGGUAAUUGAACCUAGCCAUCUUCAUACAGCGUAUUUUUUAAUCCUAUGUUCAAUUGCGCAAUCUAAGGAUGUAUAUAUACUCUUUACUUAACACAAAUGGGAGGACUAACAUAUCAUCUGCAUUCAGUUUCAAAAUCAAAAACAACCGUCGAGUCAGUCUUAAAGUUUUUCGAAUCGGGUUCACGAGCUCUGAAUGAAUUACUUCUCAGACCACUUUCGUAUUGUGACACUUGCAUAGACUUCAAGUUUUAAUUAAAGGGCUCUGCGGAGGAAUUGAUCGCUAUUCAUAACCAACUCCUGCAUUUGUUUUGAAUAGGUUCUUAAAGAGGCAGCUAAAACCGCACUUAGCGGAGGAGCUCAUCCUGUGCUUCUUCACGAUGACAGCCUUAUCGAGGGCCUUCAGAAAGCCGGUACCCCGGAUUUACCAGUGAGCCUGAAAAGCGCGCGAAACUAUGCUUGCGACGGCUGCUACGAGCCUAUUUUUCCAGGCGAGACUGACUUCUCAUUGGCCUAUAUAGCUCUGCUGCAGGUACUGGAAAUGGCAAUCAAUCAUGGAUCCACUUACGCCUUAGCUGGUCCUGCUUACCUGGAAGGAGCUCCCCAGUCACUGCCUACUGUACCUCCAGAGGAAAUAAACAGUUUUGAGCAGGUGUGAAUAUUCACUCUCAAAAGUCAAAGUCAAAGUCAUUUUCGUUUUGUUAAAUGCUGAAAACAUAUAUUGCCAUGUGAAAGUACUAUUCAAAAAGUUUUAUUUGAAGGAUCACAUUGCCGGAUUUCAUACACAGAUUCAAACGUUAGAACUAUGUACUAAAUAAAAAGUACCCCGCAAAAGCACUGCUGAGGAGGGUUCAUGUGAACGUUCAAAUUGCAGUAUUUUGUCCACAGACUCAAAAGUUGGAGCCACCUCACAAGACUCGAUCAUCUACUCUGGGUGUAAAGGGUUGACCUUUUGUCUCUUGUAAAGUCAUGCGACCCUUUCACCAAAAAAAAAAACUCAAUCUACAGAUCUCCCGCUCACAAAUGUCAAAUAUCUUGCUUAAGCCCCGUGCAAACGGACGCAUUAUUGUUGGAUGUUACAUGUUGCGUCCGUUUACCCAACCUGUUGCAUGUUGUUGCGCUUUGUUGGGAGUUGUUGCGCGAAGUUUGAAACCGGGCAAACGUGCAAACGGACGCAACAACUCCCAACAUUUGCUGGGCCAACAAGUUGGGAGUUGUUGCGUCCGCUUCCAAGUAGCUUUGCAUUUCUUUUCUCUUUACUUAGCUCAAGGAAUUGUUUGCCCUUCACCUGCGCGUGCGCACAGAGUACAACAUUUUCCUCCUGCUAAUCAACUACGGCAACAUUGUUGAGUUCUGCCCCAGCCCACUGCUCUCGUCUGUCAUCCGUGGCUGCCUGGAAACAAAGCGCGACAUUUACAAUGGAGGUGCUAAUUACGCCUUAAUCGGAGUGCAGUUCAUCACUUUCGCCAACACAGUAGACGCACUCUACGCAAUUAAAAGGCUGUGUUUUGAUCAUGACUCAGCAGUCAUUUCUUUGUCCGAGAUGGUUCGCUGUCUGAAGUGUGACUGGGGAUUCAACAUGCAAGAGCCAUUCCACGACGACCUCGCUGGCAACACGCGUGGCCAGAGGCUAUCUGACACCUACAAGGAAGUCCGAGAGAGAGCUCUGCUGUUGCCGAAAUUUGGAACAGCCGAGGCAGCCGAAAAUGCGGACAUUCAGAAUAUCACCAGGUGAGCAGCCUGACAGUCAGGCAAUAUGUGUUUUACAAUACGGUUUGGUGGUCUCUACGUUUAAAUAGCCGUGGCUACGUUUGAACGUCCUUUGCGAUAUGUUAUUGUGAGUGGAUCCUUAGUGAUACAUAUGAAGAUAUAUAUGCUGCAAACAAAAUUCUCUGUGUCAUUUGCGAGGCGGGGUAAGGAUCAGGCAAUGACAGUCCUUGGUGCUGUGGGGUUGCACAUCACCGAUCUUAUUUUUCAAGCAAUUAACUGAUCUAUCGAAGAAAAUUACAAAGUUUCUUGAUUGCUAGCACCACGCUAUUCCAAUAGUUUGCAAGUACGUUGUUAUUUAAUUUGUUAAGCCAUUUGUCGUGAGGACUAAAAACGAAAAGAAAGACCACAAGCGAGAAAAAUGUAAGAGUCCUCAAGCCUAUGGUCAACCAACCAGCGACCGACAAGGCUAACUUCAGUGCAACACCCCGAGUUUUCGAGAGGGUUUGCGAGAUACGUAUUUCUAUUUUAAUAUUACUUAUAAUAAGUCAUCUCUACCUUCCCAGUUGGUUGGCUGAUCAAGUUGCAAAUGUGACCAAGAAGGUGGCCCGGGAUGCACCAGAUGGUCAACCGCUGAAGGACCUCAUCAGCGGCUUGAAACAGAAAUACUCAGUUCCUGGAGCACCAUUUGACGUUCUGCUACCGACAGGAUCCGGGACAUUUGAAGGAUACGUUGGGUGGGGAGCAGGAUGCGGUGCAUCUGCUGACGGACGGCGCUCGGGCUCACCUGUUGCAUCCGACUUUGGUGCCGCUCCAACCCCAUUGGACAAGCCUGCAAUCGCCAAAAGCUCGGAAUUAUACAAGUAAGAAAGCAUUCUAUAUCAGGGACCGGUUGUUUAAAAGUUGGUAGCGCUUUCCACCGGAUAAAUCGCUCUCUAGUGGACAACGAUAUCCACUUUUUAAACAACCAGCACCAGGAUGUUUAUUUGAGGCAAAAACUUUUAACUUUUUUAUGAAAAGAGUUUGUUCUUGUUUAGAUUUGGCUCUGACUUUAGUGUCUGAGAAUGAGAUCCCUACGUGCCAUUAUUCAUAUAAAGUUUAUCAGCAGUACUUUAACGUGGAACUUUUUCGUAUGCUCUUUAGUGGAUUUAUAGCUAUUGGCUAUUGAGAUGAUUCCAUGUGACUAUUGUAAUCGAAGCUAUACAGAAUUACUUUCAUGUGGUGAGGGGUGUAAAAAUGCUGCUAAUCUCGUGCUGUGAAUUAUUAUCGGAAAAACGUUGUACAUGAUCCCAGCCAGAUAUGCGUUUUCUUUCUCUCUUUUUCCCAAUCUAGGUCGAUGAAAUGCUGGGAUUUGCCUUCUAUCAACGUUGGUUUUGCUAAUGGGGCCGAGAUAGGUCUGAAGGUCGAUGAGAAAUUCAAGGAAGGCGAUUUGGUCACCUUCUUGAAGAAUUAUGGUGACGGAAACGGCAUCGGGGGAAAUAUCAUAACAAGUAGGUUGCUUAUAAAGUACACAAUGGAAAAUAACACUUCAAAUAAAAGCAAUGUUCUGAAAUGACUUGGUUUGAAGCCUGACAAAAAUUCUUCGCUAUCCGUCAUAUCGUCACUUGUCUCCUUGGCUGAUAAGGCAUGAAACACUUUCUCUCGUGGUUAACUGGGAGUUGAAGCCAAGACGUUUUUGAGCGACGAACGUCCUCUGGAAGUGAGGCAUUUUCCCUUUUAAUAUGCCUUGACCCUAACAAAUUUCAAAAACGUCGUUGCUAAACUCCCUAAUAAUUAUUUCAUAAUUAAACGUAAGGGUAAACCACUGUCAUCUUUCUAAUGUGUUACAUUUUUACUGCAGUUACCUGUUCCGACCCCGAGACCUUCUCCAAUGCUCAGAAAAAUCCUGAGAAGUACGAUCUGAUCCGUGUGCGUACAGGAGGCUGGGGCGAGUUUUUCAUCACCUUCUUCACUGCUCAUCAGAAGCACAUGGAAAGGAGGCUUUACUAUCACGUGGCCUAA